UGAAGUCACGCGGAGCUCCCAAAAAGGAAUGCGAUUCUAAUCUUGGGUGCAGUGCAUUUCAGUCUCGUUUAUCCUUGCGUUCAUCAAAACUUAUUCUUUCUACUGUCUUCCGAGUGUAUUCUUGUACGACUAUGCAGUCCUUGCUUCGAUGGAGCGUGGAGAACUCAUCCCCAGGCAGCGCUCCUCCUGUGCCUGCAAAUAAUCACCUCGAUCCUGGCAUUAUUGAUCACAUCCUCGGCAAACCGGACGCCCAGUUAAUGAAGGAAGCUCUUAAAGUCGGAGUAGACGAAACCCAGGCUGAAGACGACAGACUAAAAGCCCUCGAUGAUCUUGAAAUGCUAGUUCAGAAUAUCGACAAUGCAAAUGACCUGAAGAAACUCAAGAUGUGGGAACCUCUUCAUGGCCUGCUGCUGGCGUCCGGCACAAGCGAUGCUCUGAAAAUGCAGACUUUGUGGAUCAUUGGUACUGCGCUACAGAACAAUCCAGCUGCUCAACUUGCUUACCUUGACUUGGAGCCGCUUCCAGCUCUUAUCAGAUUGCUUUCGCCCUCAUAUAAUUCUGCUAAGACCCGUUCGCGAGCCGUGUACGCGCUAUCUGGUCUCCUGAAACUUAAUGCUGCCGCCGUACAACAGAUGUCCGCAGCCGGCGGAUGGAGCGCACUCCGUAUAUGCUUAGAAGAUUCAGAGAUCCGAGUCCGUCGAAAGACAGCAUUCUUGCUCAACACCCUUUUGAUGCCAACCUCCGAGAACAAAGUCAGUUUGCAGUCGAAUAUCAGCAUGCCUUCGUCAGAAAAUGCACCAGUUUAUCCAAACUCACAUGCGUCGAUGCUCUCAAACCCGUCUUCGAUCUCAACAUCGAGUAUCACGCUAGAUGUUCUCCAGAACGACAGUACAUCAGAGGGAUCAUCGCUUCUCGAUGCAUUGGUGUCGGCGUUGACCGAGCCCGUUCCGUUCGGACCUGACGGCGAAAAGGAUAAAGACGAAGAAUUCCAAGAAAACAUUAUCAGAAUUUUAUAUACAUUCGUCGCACACUGGAACGGCAGGCUUUCUGCUGCGCAGAAACACGGUCUUCACGGAUUCCUAGGAGGAAUGACCCAAUCGGAUAACUUUGGCCUGACUAGCGGUGAAUUCGAGGCGUUGAGCGAUGCAGUUCAGGGAUCGUAGUUGGAACCCCAUUUGUCCAUCUGAUAACGCGAUUUUAUCUAGCCGAACAAUAUUAAGUCCUUUGACUUACGUUACGCAUGUUUUGAAUUGCUUAUGACAUUGGUUGAACCAGCUU